CUUGAAUAAACGCCUCAGACUCUCAGUUUGACGUAAAGUAAGAAAGUUAUCAUGUUUUCCAUCAGCCUCACGGUGCAACUGCAACGAUGUUAAGCAGGAAAGACACAGGGAGAGGAUGACAAACUCCAGCCACCACUAUUUGGCGUCCAAAAAAAAACAAGCAAAGUAAGGGAGACGCAAACCCCGGAACUUGAAACGAGCUAACAUUAGCUAGCUUUUUCUGUUGACAGUGUGCUUGCUGUCAAACCAGAAGCCGACCGAUGUGUUCAGCUCGCUGGCUACUUUGAGACGAGUAGUAGUGACUUUUAUUUUAGUAGUUUGCUAGACUUUUAUUUGUACUUGUACCUGUGUAAGUUUUGACCACUUGUGGAUCUUGGAAAAAUGGCAUCAAGAGGUUUCUCGGGUCCUCCGAUGAAUCCGAAUCUGCACCCCAUGAACGUGGGGCAUGCUGCGGGCGUGAGGAUGCCAGGCAUGCCGCAAGCUCCAGCGGGAUAUCCGCGCAGCAUGAACAACGCUCCCCAGUAUCCACAGCGCUCAGGGAUGCCACCCGGCAGAGUAGGGGGCCCCAUGGGGUCGAUGGGGGGUCAGCUGCCUGGUCCUUCUUACGGCGGUGGGAACAUGUCCAUGCGGCCAGGCAUGGGGCCCCUGAGCAUGGACCCCUCAAGGAAGAGGUUCCUUCAUCAGCAUCAACAGCAGCAGCAGCAGCAGCAGCAGCCAGAGGGGCUGGGGGGCCUCAGACGAGGUCCAAAAAGACGCAAGAUGGCUGACAAAGUUCUCCCACAGAGGAUCCGAGACCUGGUCCCCGAGUCUCAGGCCUACAUGGAUCUCCUUGCCUUCGAGAGGAAACUGGAUCAGACCAUCGCCCGGAAGCGUAUGGAGAUUCAGGAGGCCAUCAAGAAGCCCAUUAUGCAAAAACGAAAGCUCAGGAUCUACAUUUCCAACACAUACACCCCAAGCAAGCCGGAAGGCGAGGAGGCCGAGAAGGUGUCCUCCUGGGAGCUGAGAGUGGAGGGAAAACUCCUGGAGGAACCUGGAAAGCAGAAGAAGAAGUUUUCCUCUUUCUUCAAAAGUCUGGUGAUCGAGCUCGAUAAGGAGCUCUACGGACCUGACAACCACUUAGUCGAGUGGCACAGAAUGCCCACCACUCAGGAGACGGAUGGUUUCCAGGUCAAACGUCCCGGCGAUGUCAAUGUCAAAUGCACCCUCCUGCUCAUGCUGGACCACCAGCCACCUCAGUACAAACUGGACCCGCGGCUGGCUCGCCUUCUGGGUGUGCACACGCAGACGCGGGCGAGCAUCAUGCAAGCUCUGUGGCUCUACAUCAAGAACAACAAGCUGCAGGAUAGUCACGAGAAGGAGUACAUCAACUGCAACCGCUACUUCAGACAGAUAUUUGGCUGUUCCCGCAUGAGGUUCUCUGAGAUCCCCAUGAAACUGGCCGGCCUGCUGCAGCACCCUGACCCCAUCAUCAUCAAUCACAUGAUUAGUGUGGACCCCACAGACCAGAAGAAGACGGCGUGCUAUGACAUCGAUGUGGAGGUGGAUGACCCUCUGAAGGGCCAAAUGAACAGUUUCCUGUCCUCUACAACCAACCAGCAGGAGAUUGCUGCUCUGGAGAUGAAGAUUCAUGAGACCAUCGAGUACAUCAACCAGCUGAAGAUAGAGAGAGACUUCAUGCUGAGCUUCAGCAAUACUCCACAGGACUUCAUCCAGGACUGGCUCAAGUCUCAGAGCAGAGAUCUGAAGUUGAUGACCGAUGUGACGGGAAACCCAGAGGAGGAGAGGAGGACCGAGUUCUACCAGGCGCCCUGGGUACCUGAGGCAGUGGGCCGAUAUGUUUUCUCAAAGGUGCAGCAGAGAAGACAAGAGCUGGAGCAGGUGUUGGGAAUCCGACUCACCUAAAGACAUCAUCCAGAGGAGUCACAGCUUAACUUGAACCAUCAAAUGUUAAUGUUUGCUUGAGCUCUAAUGUUCAUGAAGCCAUCCUUAUGUUAUUGUUGUUGAAAAAGCAGUUUCUAAAUGGAAUAUCAUACAUAUCUUAUUCUGUCCCAUAGAUAAUCUUUCUGAAUACAGCCGAGUAUAUGGGACCAAAGUGGUGAUUUACAUAUUACAUAGAUUGCCUUGCAAUGUUGUUGUUUUCCUUUUUGAGCCUGGGGCCUUUUUUUCAAUUUGUUCUGCUUAUGGUACAAAAUGCAUAAAAUAUUCUAGGUGUUGGUGCUGUUCAGGAGAUGUUUGACCGCUUGUGCUACAUUGUGUCUGUUUAUGUUCAUACUUAAAGCCAUACUCUUUGAAAAGAAAUAAUAUGUUGUGUCUGGUAGCAGUUUGGUAGAGGUAGAACAAAGACUUUCAUUCCAAAAACAUAAAAACCAUACUGAAAAAAUGUUUGAUCAAAAAUGUAUUUAGAACUUUAAAAAUAUAUUUAGAAAAUUAUUGAUGAACUAAAACGAAAGGAGCAAUAUGUGGUAUGAGCCUAUUUAAAUAUGGAUUUAUAUUUUAAUGAGAGAGUAGUUCCGGGAAAAGUUCUGCUUUGGGAAAAUAUUGAGCCUCUUUUUUUACAGUUGUGUCCAAACAAACGUCAGCAGCUUUUAUGAACUUCUCGAAUGUUUACAUGGUGUAUUUCAUAUUUUAUUAUGGGGGUUUACUUGGUUCUUUUGUUUUUAUGCCAGGGAGAUGAAUUCUGGAGCUGAUUGAAUUCAAGGGUUUUUGUAUGAGUUCCUUUCCUUUUGACAUGGUUAACUGGUAUUUAGAAAAUAGGAAUGAAAAUGUUGUGUGUCAACUUUACAAUGCACCAAAUUGUUGUGUACAGUUUAUAAUAUUGAAAUGCUGUUCUGUCAAGCUUAUGUAUGAGGGGAUUGGUUUAAACAUUCCAUGUUAUAGAUAUCACUGUGCCAAAUGUGUCUUUUGAAGAGGGCACUCACAGUUUGAGAAAUGUUGUAUGUACAAAUAUUUUUGUACUGCCUCUUUGUAAAAUGUUUGCAUGUUACGCAUUCAUCAAAAGCCUUUAUCUUUUAUACAUUUUGAGUAUUCCUUUUUGCAAUAAACAUCUCACAAAUGUU